ACUUCCAAAAGGGCGUCGGCCCGCGAGGCUGCAGUUCCCAGUGCGCAGGUGCGAACGGAAGUCCUCUUCCCGUCAAGAUGGCGGGGGUGUUGCAGUGCGGGCGCCGGGAGCUCCUCCGCCUGCUAUGGUCCCAGCGGCAAUUCCACAGCGUCGCGGGGCCCUCACAGUGGCCCCGGAAGCCGCUGGCUGCAGGGUUCGCGUUCCCAGCCGGCCGGUGCGGCGGGCGCCCCCACUAUGCCCUCCUGGCGGCCCCCAGCCCGCGUGGCCUCAGCGUCUCUGCCAUCGCAUUUGCAGAAGCCCAGGUUCAGGCCCCUCCCGUCAUUCCUGCAACUCCCUCACCCACAGCAGUGACUGAGGCUGCUUCUGGAGAGACUGCAGAUGUAGUCCAAGCUGCUGCAGAACAGAGCUUCGCUGAACUUGGGCUGGGGUCAUAUACCCCAGUGGGACUGAUCCAAAACCUACUGGAAUAUAUACACGUUGACCUUGGCCUACCUUGGUGGGGAGCCAUUGCUGUGUGUACAGUCAUUGCCCGCUGCCUGGUGUUUCCUCUCAUUGUGAAGGGCCAACGAGAGGCAGCCAAGAUCCACAACCACAUGCCAGAGAUCCAGAAGUUUUCCAUGCGAAUCAGAGAGGCCAAGUUGGCAGGAGACCAUGCUGAGUUUUACAGGGCCUCCUCGGAGAUGACACUGUAUCAGAAAAAGCAUGACAUUAAACUCUUUAAACCUCUCAUUCUACCUCUGACUCAGGCACCAAUCUUCAUCUCCUUCUUCAUUUCCUUGAGAGAAAUGGCCAACCUUCCUGUGCCCAGCCUGCAGACAGGCGGCCUCUGGUGGUUCCAGGACCUCACACUGUCUGACCCCACCUACAUAUUACCGAUGGUGGUCACUGCUACAAUGUGGGGUGUCCUUGAGUUAGGUGCUGAGACUGGUGUGCAAAGUUCUGAGCUUCACUGGAUGAGAAAUGUUAUGAGAUUGAUACCCCUGGCAGUCUUGCCCAUAACUAUCCAUUUCCCCACGGCAGUGUUCGUGUAUUGGUUCUCCUCGAAUAUGUUUUCCCUGGUCCAGGUGUCUUGCCUCCGUAUUCCAGCUGUACGCACUAUUCUUAAAAUCCCCCAGCGUGUUGUGCAUGACGCCGACAAAUUACCUCCACGGGAAGGCUUCAUAAAGAGCUUCAAACGCGGCUGGAAGAAUGCUGAAAUCAACCAUCAGCUACAAGAGCGUGAACGGCGCAUGCAGAAUCACUUGGAACUUGCAGCCAGGGGUCCCUUACGACAGACCUUUACCCACAACCCUCUGCUACAGCGUGGGGAAAAUCCCCCUUCCACCACCCCUAACAGCAGCUGCAACAAACCAAAGUCAAAGAAACCCUGGCGUGACACACUCGGCUGAAUUUUUUCCCUGCUCAUACUGACAUUAAGUCGUCUUCUCCCAAGACUCAGCCUUAGAACAAGAUUUUUGCUGGGUCCUUGCCUCAGACCUAGAAACUAUGGGACAUGGAGAUGUUUGUUUUAAAAGUGGAUUCCACUAUAAACUCUUACAUCUAUUAUAAGUAUAAAAGAGCACUGGGGAGCCAAGUGAUCUUUCCAUCUACAAAAUUAGUAAACCUCUGUAUUAUA